ACUAGAAAGAAGAAUCAUACAGGAUGCGAUUGCGAUUUGUCAGCUAAAUUACUUAUCGGACAGUGUGCGUGUCUCUAAAACACCUAAAAUAAUCACGCACUCAAGGCAGAAAACAAAGUUCAGAUUGCAGCAAAAUGAAUCUCAUUAAAAAGCCGCCUCCAUCGCCCUACAAACGCUGUCUAAACCAAAGCCAGCGCUCCGCGGAAGAUCGUCAUGUUGAAGAGCUGAAUUAAAUACGCGGUGCUUUUCUCGCACUUAAUCAAUCAACAGGAAACUGUGUGUUUGUGAGAGAGCGAGAGCGUGUGCCAACACAAGACUCUAGUCCUUUUCUAUCUCUAUGCCUGCAUCGUCUACUGAUUGCGGUCUUUUUGAGCCGGAGCGGAACCAUCUUUUCACGGAUCAGCUUUCCACUCGGAAGGGCUUUUCUCGAGCUCCAUUGUAAUUCAUUCUGUGCCCACUCAAAUCGGAACGGGUUGAGACAGAGCAAGUGCCGGGGUCGGAGAGAGGCUGGACCGUGGCGGCAAUGGGUGCGGAGGCGAUGCUCAGGACCCUGCUGUACACCGUCAACUCCCUGCUGCAGCAGCGCAGAUACCAGGCGGCGCUGGCCGUAGUGAAGGGCUUCCGUAACGGAGCGGUUUAUGGGGCAAAAAUUCGUGCCCCCCAUGCUUUGGUGAUGACAUUUCUCUUCAGGAGUGGAAGCUUAAAGGACAAACUGAAAGCAAUUUUUCAAGCCACCUACACUCAUUCCAGGAACCUGGCAUAUUUUGUAUUCACGUACAAGGGUCUGAUGGCCCUACAGUCCAGAAUACAGGGAAAAAAGAUUCCAGUUCACUCUUUUCUCGCAGCCUGCAUUGGGGGCUGUUUAGUAUUUGGGGAAAACAAUAAUAUCAACAGUCAGAUAAACAUGUACCUGUUGUCUCGUAUCCUGUUUGGCUUGUCCCGGUUGGCAGUGGAGAAAGGUUACAUCCCACAGCCAAAACGGGAUCCCUUUCCACUCUUCGCCGCUUUAGUUUGGGGGAUUGUUCUCUGGCUCUUUGAAUAUCACCGGCAUACCCUACAGCCAUCUUUGCAAUCAUCCAUGACAUACCUCUAUGAUGACAGUAAUGUCUGGCAUGAUGUUUCUGACUUCCUUGUAUAUAACAAAAGACCUGUCAGCCAAUAGUUUUGAAAGAGCUUUGAAUAAUAGCACCUUUCAGAAACAGGGCUUACUUUUCUUUUUCUGAACAUACGUGACUGAAAAUUUAAUAUUGAUAAUUAUCUCUAGGUGUGACCUGGUCACAAUGUUCUGUAUAAGCUGGUGAUCUCUGUUGGUUCAAUGUUGAAAAGAGGCCAUAUUGCAAGCAAAACAUCUUGAAGGGGUGUUUUUUAAAAUGUGCUCAUCUUUCCGUAAGAGACAUCAUUUCCUUUUCUACACCGACAGCUGUGGCAUUGCAGUAAGGGUGGGAAAACAAGCUAUAAAUGCGCUGAUCUAAAAAGUUGACAACUUGGGGGAGGGAGAACACCAGUGAAUAUAUUUUAUAUAAUGUUGAAAUACCAGAUGGUGUAGGUAACUCCUUGUAUGCUUCUAUGUGAUAAUUCCUUCACUGCUUCCUUUGUUAGCAAUAAAAUAAAUUGGUUAAUUCUCUCCUUGGUACAUAACAGCAUGUAAAGCUCAGGUUUAGGAACUUUGUGUGUAGAUAUGGAACUUGGAAAGUUUUCUGGAUAAUCUUUUCUAAUAUCUCUUUGCAGAUCUGUUCCCUCUUCCUAUUCUCAGGACAUAGCAAUAUAAAACCUGAAAAAAGGCAUGUGGAAAAGGAUGUGGGGGAAAAUAUAUAUAUGUGAAGCAACAGAGAAAAGCUUCAGUAAAGGCAUGAUGUACAUUCAGCAAUGUGAGUGUCCCACAUCAUGUGACUAGUCCUAGACCACAUCUCAUAUAUACUUAAAGUGAGAUGUUGUACACAGUGAAAUACGCGUCCUCUCCUGUCGGCUUGCAGUAUAGUCUAAAACAGGAGAGAAAAAGUGAGGGAGAUUAAUUGGCUCUGCUAAUGAAAUUGUUUGGGUGGGUAAAUUCCUUCCUAAUCAAAGGUCCAGCCUUUUUCAUAUGGAACAGAAAAUGCAACUACAUAUUAUCAUUACAACUGGCAAGGACUGACAAUGCUGUAGGCAAGAAGACUUUUGAUUAAAGUAUAGGUGAUUGGCAAUCUACUGUCAUAGAAGUAGCUUUAGCAAAAAAAAAUACUAAACGGAUAAUGGCCGUUGAUCAACUCUCUUCAUCACUUUUUCUUAUUGUUUUUAAUGAGGAGAAAAGGAGCAGAUGACUACAGAGCAAAUAAUUCUAGGGAAGUGAGAGGCUGGCUACAAGAAGUCAUCUUAUACUAGCCUUCUACAAGAUGGGCAGAGAAAUACAAUGAUGCCUUUAUUUUUGGUUCUUAAAAGCAGAUAAAUGUAGCUCGAAGAGGGAAGAAAGAAACCUGGCAGAAGUCAGUUGUCAUAGGAAGCUCAAAGCUCCCAAAAAUUCCAAUUCCACUCCCUGUCUUUUCACUCCACUGCAUCAGUAGAAGUACAGAAUUUAUGAGGAAGAUGACACAGUGGCUGAGAUCUGGACUACCAAUGUGGACGUGUAUGACCUGAGCACCUAUUUUGGAGGACUGGACCUAGCUGCACAUUGCCCAGAGUUCAGUUGGGAGGAUGAAUUUUGGGGUUCAUACUUUGCCCAGAUUGCCUGUAAUUGGUAGAAAUAUAUCCCUGAGGGCAGCCCUUGGGGACACAUUUCUACCACUUGCAGGGCAAUCUGAGGUGGAGGUAGGAACUCCGAAUUUGUUCUCCCCACUGCACACUGGGCACAUCCUUAGUGGGGAGGACAGCUGAAGUGGGUGUGCUUGCCUCGUUCCAUCCCUGCUUUGGUAGUCUGGAUCUGAGCCAAUGCCUUGAAUAUUCUAUUAUUUAUUUAUAAGUUGCAUCCCACCUUUCCACUUCUAAAGUGGCUUGCGUGUAAAAUAAUAAUAAUAAAUCUUAAAUGCAACCGGUAAACAAUAAGACAAUGAAAAAUAACACUUAAACUGAAGAGCAACAGACAAAUUAAACCAGAUGGAACAAAAUAGUCUUCCAAGUGGUGGUAAAGUAGGAGGCAAAUGAAUAUCUCAGGCAGCUUCAUGUAUAGGCAGCUUCAUCUGUACACACUCACAGAGCAUGUUUUUGAAGAAGCUGUUUUGUGAAUUAGGAUGUCAAACUAAUCCUAAUUUGAGUACAGAAAAGUUAUCUUGACUUCAGUAAGUACGCUGUGGAGACAGUGUAUUCUAAAUAAAAGUACUUAAAGUAAGGCCCCCAAACAGUCUUUCAUGUUUGUUGCUUUAGGUAUGAAUUUUAGUGAACAGGUGGGUGAACUGGAAGACUAGGGCAAGACAAACGUUAUGGAUUAUACAUAUAUUGGGUUUUUAUCUUUCUUAUUGGCCAGGGUGUUUUAUAUCUGGUAUAACUUGCAAAACUGUUUGUGCUGGCAUAUUAUUUAUUCCUGGGAUGAAGUUUUUACUGACAAGGCUGUAACACUGGUGAAUGUUUCUUCUUUCUAAUGUCUUACUGCAGUUACCAAUUUAGUACCCUAAAUAAUUUUAUAUCCUUCAGUAUCUGUGCACAAAUCUGAUGAUCUCUACACUACAUCUACUACUCCAUUUAUAUCUUCUGCAAACCACCAUCUCACCAGCAGCUCUCUGUUAUAUCAUGCCUCACAUAUGAUAUGCUUCAGGACAUUCUUGAUAUCUUAGUGGUGUCUCCUUCAGUGCAUUUCCCCUCUCUUCCUCAUUUGGUUGCUUCUGUGCAAUGGCACAAUCUUCUUCUCCCCCCGCCCACCCUUCACACAAUAGUUGUUGCCAGCUAGAGACUUAGCAUUGUAACAGUGCCUGCAAUAUAUACAGUAGCUAUAUUUUAAUGUCCAUAUAUCUGCUGUCUUUGUAUCCCCGGAACACUAAGCUUUUCUAGCAAACUGUCUGAGAUUCUAACUGUCUGCCAUUCACAGAGCACAAAACGGCCACAAAACAAAUCUGUGAUCUCACCACAGCAGCAUGCUUUACAUAUCUGUCUGUGGCAAUUAACUGUGCUUCUUAAAGAUUGCUUUCCUGCUGUGUAAGGGUAGAAUACUAUGCUACAAAGUCAGUCAAUUUCCCAGGGAGGUAGCUGGAAUAAUUUUCAACAACAUUUAACAUCCACCACUGUCCCUGUAGCCUGAUAGGCGAGGUCAAAUCCCUUCUGCCACUAAUGUGACUGAACAAUUCCAGUGUGUGCUCGGGAAGUGAACUAGAAAUAAUGGGUCUGUCUGAAGACUCUUGGAUACGUAGGUUGCAUUCCUCACCCUUCCAGAUUGUAUUGUUUGGCCGGCUAAGUGUUCUGUUUGGUUUUCAUGCUAAUAAGAGAGAAACACAAACAGAAAUAAGAAGACCGUUUGAAAAUCCACCUCCCAAGCAGCCCAUCACAUCAAAAUUAAGCAAGUCCCAACCAUCCCCAUUCUGAAGAUCAAAACAGACGUGCACAUGAACCAUGUUUACAUCAGCUCAACUGUGGCUUCUCAUUGAGGGCUCGAUUCUUUUGUGUGGUGUACCACAGGAAAUCUUGGUUCCCAGUAAUGUUGGGGAAAUAUCUAUCCUGAUCUGAUUUGCCAUGACUCUGUGAAAACAAUGCUAUUCAAGCUCAACAAAGUGGUGGAAUAGUGGAAGGGAUCUCCAUUAAUGGCAUCUAAAGUACAUCCAGGGAAAAUAAUCUGUGAAUGGGCUAUAGAAGAUUAUAAAUAAGUAACUAAUUCUUAAGUUUAGGAGACUAUAAUGAGCACAAAUUGCAAGAAGAGGGUUUAAAAAAAAAAUCUCAAGUCUUUAUGGUCUUCUCUGUAGUCUUAAAUUCAAGUCCUCUCAAAAAUCCGGAAUCUUACAGGGUGACUGUAGUUAAUUGUUUUUCUCCUCUAACUGUAAUAGCAUUUUGUUAUGAAGCUGUAUAGAAUAAGCUUCCCAAUCUAUAUAGGCAGGACUUGAUUGGUGGAUAACUGCAGUGUUACAUAUAAUAUGAACUUUUUAAAUGGAACAAAUGAUCACUUGACAAUGCCAACAACUCAUAAGUGCCUUUCUAGAAAAUCCAACUACACAUGCUCAUGAGGUUAAUCUUGCUUCCUUACUUGCUUGAUUUUCUUUUCCAAAUCAUUCAGAUUAGUAAACAGUAAAGGGCCACUCUACAUGUUAUUUUAGCACAGAUGUUAGAGGGGAAAUGUAUACACCAAUGUUGCUAAUGUAUGAAGGCCAUGCAUGUAUCUUUUGUAGUGUGUCUGCACUGGAAACUGGCAUGCCAAUUGUACCUUCUUAACACAAUCGCCAAAUACAAACUGCACAUGCAUUUAAAUUCCCUAUAGAAAAGAUGUGUGAUGUGGUGAACCUAAGAAAGCCGUCUGAGGCUUUUAAACAAAUGGAAAUUGGAACGGAUUAUCUUGAGACAUGGGGGCUAUUUAUGAUGUUGUGCAGUUAUUCUCCACUUACGUUAAAGUAGCCUGAUUCUCUGUAUCAACAAUUCUCUGUUGCGGGGUUUUUUAACCUUGGCCCCCCAGCUGUUGAUGGACUACAACUCCCAUAAUCCCCAGCCAUGUCCAUUGUGGCUGGGGAUGAUGGGUGUUGUAGUCCAUCAACAUCUGGGGGCCCAAGGUUAAGAAACCCUGCUCUGUUGUAUUUGCAGCAAACAUGAGAUCAAAAGGUGUUCAUUGUUAACUACUCCUGGCCACAAUUCCUCCCCUCAAGCCAAUUUCCUGAAGCUCUAGAGAUCAUACAAGUGGUUCUUCCUGGGCCAGUUAUGCUUCCUUCACAACCAAUAGCUUUUCACAGGUAUUGCAGCAAAAGUGGGAAUGAGAUAGCUGUGGGUUUGAGUUGCUGACUAUGCCGUCACGUUCACCUCAGUGGUUAACAUAAACAUUCUUAUUUGGAAACGUCCGGUGCAGAGGCUGAGUGUUAGUAGUUUAGUUUUUAGAGUUGCAAUACAGCAUUUGGCAGUGGGGAGGCAUAAUUUUCCAAGAGAUAAUGUUGCUGACACUUGUAAAAGACAAACCUUGUCUUGAGUUUUCUAGGAAUACUGGACUAAUUAAAAUACAUAGUUAAAGCAGCAGUUAAGGACUCUGGGCAGAUUGUUAACUAGAAAGCUCUGUUCUUCGAACUGCCAUCACAGCUAUAGCACAACUUUUGACACAGAGGUGUUGCAAGAAGUCUGCUUAAAAAUGUUCUCUCUUUAUAAUGUAUGCAACUCCCCACCCCCCUUAUCUGUUUUAUAGGGAUGGGCAAGGCAAAGCCUGUGGAUUCUUCUAAGAUUCCUUAGAAUAUCAGGUUUUAUGGGGGGUGGGUGGGUUCUGAUUGUAACAAUAAGCUUGCAAGUGUUAUGGAAAACACUGAAGUAUGCAAAUGUUGAUUAAAAUGCUAAAUUAAUUCCUUUUAUCGAUUUCUUAGUCCACAUAUCAAUAUUUUGUGAAGUUGACUUGAGUUUUUUACACUUAAAAAUCAGAAUAAAAUUCUUGUGAAGUAUGAUCUGUUUGUCAACUGUAAAUUGGCAUCUGCUGUGUUCAUUAAAAUGAUAUGCAAAUUAUUGCAAGCAAUUAAAUAUGCAUAUUAACUGCA